AUGGGCCGGCCUCCAAAACCAAAACAGAACCCCGUCCAGGCCGCCGUCAGCUCAUGGCUAGACUUCCUCCCAACCGACCUCAUCGACCUUGUCACCAGCACCACUACCAAUGACGCCAAUGACAUAAAACAAACCCUCCUCUCUGGUGCCCCAAAACGCUGGGUUGUCUACGAGCCCAUGGUCCUACUACCCAGCGGUAGUUUCAGCAACCACCCAUGGCCCACUCUAUUGUCGACAGCCACGUCCGCUCAGAAAGACGAGCUUUGGACGGCCAUCCUCCGUGGGAUAUCACCGCCCGCUCCGAAACCGCCAUUAACCCACCUAGCAGUGAACGAGGGUAUCCCCUUGCAUAACAACACCUUCGGUACCAGCAAUGACGACAACAAUGAAUUAAUCGCAAACCAACAACACCAAGAAACGGAAAACCUUCUUCGGUCCCCAACCAACCUCCACCCCCUCUACGGCUCCUUCGGCCCCCUUACCACAUCUUCACCGUCAUCAUCAACAACAACAACCCACCCCUCCGACCCCAACUUCAACGCCACCCUCUGGGUCUCCGCCAAACAAAACGGCCUCAUCCAAACCUGGACCCCCCUCCACACCAUGUUCAGCCGGGGUAACAUCAAAGAAAAAGCCCGACUCCUGUCCUUCCAUCAGAACACCGCCACUACUACUAAAACCACCGCCGCCGCCGCCACCAACACUGCCCUCCGCGGCAAAUACGCCAUCGACCUCUACGCCGGCAUCGGCUACUUCGUCUUCUCCUACGCGGCCCUCGGCCUGCGAGUGCUUUGCUGGGAACUCAACGCGUGGAGCGUGGAAGGGCUGAGACGCGGUGCAGAGGCGAAUGGGUUUUCGGUGCGGGUUGUUUCACCUCCAUCUUCUUCACCUUCACUAGUGGAUCGUCCAAGUCCAAGUGAGGGGGAGGAUAGCAAUGGGGAUAGGAAAGAAUUAGCCGAGGUUGGGGGAGGGGAUGAAGUGGACAUGGCCGCGAUCCUGGCAGGGCCAGAGCAGAUAAUUGUGUUUCUUGAGGAUAAUCGGCGUGCGUUGGAGAGGAUACGCCCGUUUCUUGGUGGCCAGGAUCAUCACGGCGGUUAUGCGCCUGGAGGCACCAUAGAGGUUGUCCACGUCAAUUGUGGUUUUCUACCCACCAGCCAACCUGUAUGGCAUGAUGCAUGGGAAAUGGCUACUGUUAGUCAUACAAGUGGUGGGAGGUUGUCGUCGACGACACUGCCCGGGAGUUGGCUACAUCUCCACGAGAAUGUUGGGGUGGCAGACAUCGAAAAGAGGAAGAGGGAGCUACAAGUGUUAUUUGAUUCGUGGGCUGGAGAGCAGCGAGAAAGUGCGCAGCAGGGAAGCAAGGCUUUGGUGGAACAUGUCGAGCUGGUCAAGACGUACGCGCCGGGUGUGUGGCAUUGCGUGUUUGAUGUCCGUAUUGUCGAUCGUGCUAAUAUCGGGGAUUGA